CCUGAGGGGCAGGUUGGAGAGCAGGAGCAGCAGCUGCGUUUGUCCUGGAAUGUGGUCGGGGGAGCAGAACAGUUUAUACAUUUGAAGGCUUCAUUUCAGAGUUAAUUUGUAAUUCGUAGCAGUUUUGUCUGCAGGAGCACCCUGCCUUGUUAGGAUGUAACUUUGCCUCUGGACUGUUUAAGACUGUUGUGUUGUUGGCAGUAGGAAUAGCGUCCGGAAUAAUUCUGCAUUAUUUUAGUCUUGACGUUUAUUCCGAAACAGGUCUAUAUAUUUUAUAUUUAUAAAGAAAGAAGCCACACCGAUCCAUCGACCAUUAGCUGUUUAAAAUAGUUCUGUGUACAGAACUGAAGCCGUAGCAUCGAGGCGUUGAUUUAUUUACACACACACACAUAUAAUGCAGUAAAGUUUUAUACAUCAAGAUGAACGAAGUUUCAGCACAGAUAUGAAUUUGGACAACGCAAGUUGGAGCUGACGGGGAAAGAAACGGGGAUUUGGACUUUGGAUAUGAGAGAUCCAAAUCAAGAUCAUUUCAGGCAGUUCUAUUCUUGAAACUUGCCAGUUUUUUACUACGUCAUGUUGAUAUAAUCAAUGAAGGAAGCUAUCCGGAUAUUAAAAAUCAAGGACGAGCAAAAUGGGGAAACAAACUGACUGAUCGCACUGAAUUGUGAAGGGGAAACAAACUGACUGAUCGCACUGAAUUGUGACUGCUGUUGUCCAACAAACAAAGAACGAGUCAAUAACUAUCUGUAUUUAUAGAGCUGGAUUGCGCCACGCCGUUACUGGAGUUCAGCAGAACCGUUUUCAAAUGAUUAGAAGAGUGCUUGAAAAGCUUGCCUUGAAUUAAGCGUUUUAUACCACAUAGAUCACUCACACACCCACACAAACACAGACACACAGAAGAUUGUUUUCCUCAGGAUAUUUCGUUUCCGGGUUGAUGUGGUUCAUGUUAUCAAAAUAAUAUCAGAAGAAAAAAAACAUGAAGAUUUCGGGAUCCUGAAAUUGCAUUUCUAAAUAAGGGUUAAGGAAUGGCAUCUACGGAAAGGCUAUAUGAGCUUUGGAUGCUCUAUUGUAAUAAGAAUGAUCCUGACUACCUUAAACUUUGGUUGGAGAUAUUCAUCAGCUCCUAUGAAAAAUGUCUGGAUGUGGAUUUCGAAAAGCCUCCAACGAGGCUGGAUGAAGUCCCUCCAGUGAUGUCUCUGCUGCCUGAUAACAUCCUGCAGGUCCUGAGGCACCAGCUCCUGCAGUGUGUUCAGAAAGUGUCUGAUGGCUUGGAGGAGGAACAGCAGACCCUCUCCCUGCUGCUGGUGAAGUUCUUGAUCAUUGUCUGCAGGAAUCUGUCCAAUGUGGAGGAGAUUGGGACUUGUUCCUACAUAAACCAUGUCAUCACCAUGACCACACUAUAUAUUCAGCAGCUAAAGAGCAAGACCAAAGAGAAGGAGCUAGCGGACCAAACUCCUGCAGAAGAAUUUGUCAGGCACGCCCUCACCUUCUGCGAGAGCCUGUACGACCCAUAUCGAAACUGGAGACACCGGGCUUCUGGUGGGCUGGUGAGUGCAGUAGAGAAGAGCAGACAGAAGUACAAAGCCGCCCCCCUGACCGUGGAGUUCGUCCCUUUCUUUUACCAAUGCUUUCAAGAGAGUGAACAUUUGAAGGAGAGCCUAAAAUGUUGCCUUCUGCAUCUCUUCGGGGCCAUUGUGGCUGGAGGACAGCGCAAUGCACUUCAGGCGAUUUCUCCGGCCACCAUGGAGGUCCUGAUGAGGCUGCUGGCAGACUGUGAUUUGAUAGAGGACAAGGACCCAGGUGACAUCAACCAGAAGGCCGAGCUGACCCUGAAGUGCCUGACCGAAGUGGUGCAGAUGCUGCUAUCCAGCAGCUCAGACCAGCGGCAGGUGGAGAUCAGCACCAUCCUGGAGAAUUACUUCAAGCUGCUCAACUCAGACCCCACUGCACUGCCUGUCAAGACCAAAUCCAGACAGUGGGAAAACAGGUUUAUCACACUGCAGAUACAGAUGCUGAACACCGUCACUGAAAUGUUUCAUUGCUCUGACAGACCAGUCCUUCAGGCCAUUUUCCUAAACAGCAACUGCUUUGAGCACCUCAUCCGAUUGCUUCAGAACAGCAAGCUGGUUGUAAAUGCUAGAUGUAAGGCAGCAGACAAGAGCGAGAAAGAUCUUGCCAACAAAGUUCUGACAGAAAUGAAUGAGGACCAGGUGUUUCAGGGUCGGCUGGAUUGCCUGGCUGUAUCCACAAUAAAAGCUCUCACUACAGUGAUGCUCAAAUCCCCUGCUGCUAAGGAGGUGUUCAAAGAGAGGAUUGGUUACACACAUUUGUAUGAAGUUUUGAAAUCUCUGGGACAGCCAUCAAGAGAGCUGUUGAAAGAACUUAUGAACAUGGCUGUUGAAGGGGACCACACUUCGGUUGGGAUUCUGGGGAUCAGCAAUGUCCAGCCCCUCAUGCUGCUUAUCCAGUGGCUCCCGGAUCUCGACUCGCACGACCUUCAGAUCUUCAUCUCCGACUGGCUGAAAAGAAUCUGCAGCCUGAACCGCCAGAGCCGCAACACUUGUGUCAACGCCUCCAUGGUGCUCCGCAUCUUGGAGUCCUUGAACUUUCAUACCUGCCUUCACCGGACUUGCGCGGAGAACCUGAUUAGUUUGUUAGGCUCUCUCGGCAGCCAAUCACUGAGCACGGGGGAGCUUCUACAGCUAAUUAGGCUUUUGAGGACUGAUGACCCCAAACAGGCCCACCCUUAUGUGGUGCUGGUAAUGAGGGCUAUCCUUGGGAUGGCUCGCAAACAGGGGCUAGAUAGUGCACUGCAGUACUUCGACCUGUCCCCUAGCAUGGCAGGGAUUUCUGUGCCUACAAUCCAGCGCUGGCCAGGAUAUGCCUUCAGUUUUUAUGCUUGGCUGUGCUUGGAUCAGGACCAACAGGGGGGUGGGCUCUUCAGUAAAGGAGGGAAAAGAAAGCAACUUUACAGCUUUUUCACAGCUAGUGGGACUGGUUUUGAAGCCUUUAUCACUUCCUCUGGAAUUCUGGUAGUAGCCGUGUGCACCAAGAAAGAGUAUGUGACCGUCCUGCUGCCUGAUCACUGUUUCUGUGACUCCCUUUGGCACAGUAUAGCUGUUGUUCAUGUGCCUGGGAAGAGACCCUUUGGACAGAGUUUGGUGUAUAUAUAUGUCAAUGGACAGCAGAAGCUGUCGGCCCCACUAAAAUUUCCUACUAUGAAUGAGCCCUUUACCUCAUGCUGUAUCGGCUCUGCUGGCCACAGGACGACCACUCCUCCCCCUUCGCAGAUCCCAGACCCCCCUUUCUCACUUCCCACUACCCCGGGUCGGGCAUCACUCGGGGCGAUCCUGUCCUCCCCCAGCUGGGGCGGGCUCCUGCCAGGGAAACCCGAGUCUGUGACCAAGCUAAUCUCUGCAGGGACCCAGGACAGCGAGUGGGGCUCCCCCACCUCUCUGGAGGGGCAGCUGGGCAGUGUGUUGGUCUUCCACGAAGCUCUGCAACCAGCACAAGUCAAGGCUUUAUAUCUGGCAGGACCAAAUUGCAUUUCUCUUUUGAAAGCUCAAGAGUCAGAGUUGUCAGAAAUGCCAUCUAAACUUCUCCUUUACUACACGCCGAAGGCCUGCAAAAGCCCUAUUUGCCUUGAUCUCUCUCCAAAUCUUCUCCAUGGGAGACUGACUGGGAAUAAAGUCGUUAACUGGGACAUAAAGGACACAAUCAACUGUAUUGGUGGUUUAAACAUCCUCUUCCUCUUGCUGGAACAACUAAGCCACCUGACUGGGGCUGAGAGGAGCGAAGGAGAUGCUGCAGCAGCCGAGAACAUAACUCCUGAACUGCUGACCCCAUCCGACGGGGACUGGGUGGUCCUGCCGUCCCCCAGGGCAUCAGAGGCUAGAUUGGAAAAUAAUGUUGUAGCUACCUUUCUUCUGAUGAUAAAGCACUUCAUUCAAAGACACCCAAUCAACCAGGAGAAUCUUAUCCACUCCUAUGGAGUUGCUACCUUAGGGGCCCUGUUACAAAAGCUGCCAAGCAGUAUGGUGGAUGUGAAUGUGUUGGUGGCUGUCCAGCUGCUGAUAGAACAGGUGAACCAGGAGAAGAACACAGUGCUGCUGCAGCAGAUGUACCAGUACCUGCUUCUAGACUUCCGUAUCUGGAACCAGGGAGAUUUCCCCUUCAGAAUCGGCCACAUUCAGUACUUGUCGACAAUAAUCAAAGAUAGCCGGAAGCUGUUCAGGAGGAAGUAUGGAGUUCAGUUUGUGUUGGAUGCUAUUCGUCUCUACUAUGGAACCCACAGUAAAGAGAAUGACUUGUGUCUGGAUGAUGUGAAGACGAUUCGUGCUUCGCUCUGCGGACUGAUCAAAUACUUCAUCAGCAAAGGGGUGGUGCAGGAGGAGGUGCAGUGUAUCCUGGGAUAUGUUGCGGCAAUAGGAGACGAAGAACAGCUCUGUGGGAUCCUGGAGGUAUUGCUGAAUCUGCUGCAGACCAGUCCAUCCCGAGACCAGCUCUUCCUGCUGCUCUUUGAGCCUGGCAAUGCGGAAAUCCUCUACACACUGCUGCUCAACCACAAGUACACUGACAAAGUCAGAGACCUGGUCUUCAAGAUCUUUGAGAGAAUGCUUAAGUGUGAUAAAGUGUACGAGAAGAGCAAGCAGCGCAUCAAGCUGAGGGAGGUUGGGUACUCCGGGCUGAUCCUACUGUUCAAUGAAAUUCCAAUAACUCUCUCGCUCAUUAAAAACCUCCUAAACCAGGUUCUUAACUCAGAUCCUGUGGUUAAUUUCAAAGAUCUCAUGGCUUUGGUGCACUUGACUCACAAAGCAGGCUUGCAUAUUAGGCUGGUCAUUUGUAAAAAGCUUUACCAGCUAUUGCAGUCACAGCAGGACGCGGCUCAGCAGAUUUCCCGACAGGCCGGUUGGCAGGAGACUCUGGUCAAGCUGUACCUAAGAGAAAACGCUGUAACACGGGACAGCAGCAUCAGCAAGGCAGACUCUGCAAGUACCAGCAGCCUAGAUCACAUCAAGAACAGAGGGAGUGCUUCUGAGUCCCAUGAUUCAGGGAAAGGAAAUAUUCAAGACAAACUAGACAUUGACAAGGAUGUUCUUGACAGCCCCGCAAUGGCGGAUAGGUCAGUGGAUUUCCACAGCAUAGUAGACAAUAGAUCCUUGGACGGUUUGAAUCAAUCCUUAAAUGAUGGAGAGACCGUAGCCAUAGAAACCCGUAGUGAGGUCCUUGCCAAGUCCUGGUCCACCAAAGCAGAAGGCUUGAGUUUGGAUCUGUCCAGGAUCACUUAUGAACUGGGGGACAGUGGGAGUCCAACUCCAGGAAGUCUGACCAGCACCCCCUCCCCCUCUGAGACUUCCAGGUCUUUUCCCAAUGUCCAGUCUGAUAGGGAGUCGUCGUCUUUUAUGGAGAACAGCUUCUGCUUCAAUGAUGACUUCUCUUUAUGUGAAAACUUUGGAGGUGCUGAGAAGAGUGAGGAGGAGCUGACGAGGAUCCUGAGCGAGAUCCUGCUGUGUGUGAUGUGGCGUGGAGUGGACGGCUCCGACGAUGCUGCCUGGCUGGAGAGGGGGCAGGUCUUCUCAGCCCUGACCAUGCUAGGAACAGCCAACGAGCUGCUUCAGCCUGCAGACGAGAUCAAAUUAAAUCUUCUUGAGAAGAUGAUAGAAUGGGCAGUCACUGAUAACCGAGAAGCUACAGUCGCUACCUUGCCGGUCCACACAGAGAACGCUGUGUUCCUCUUACAUACUGUACAGGACUUCUUGCAGGCAGAAGGCCUGGUCAACCCAGCUCUGUGGACUGAGAAGGUGCUGGAGGAGGCAGUGACUCUGAUGGACAGUCUCAUGGUGUGGUACUCGUCUGGCACACAGUGGAUGCAGCUCUCCCAGGUCGGAGUAAGGCUGCUGCUGGGGUUCAUGGCACAGGACAACAUCCAGGUGUGCGCCAUGGCCACAGCCAAACUGAACACCAUCCUGCAGACGAAGGCCAUCGACAGCCAGGACGAGGCGUGCUACCUGCUGGGCAAGCUGGAGGGCAUCCUGAGCAAGUCCAUCCGGGAGAAGACCGAGACCUACUCCUUCCUCAUCCCCCUCAUCCGCAGCCUGCUCCCCAAGAUCCACCAGCUGCUCUACAUGCAGCUGCACCUGCCCUCCCUGCCCAAUACCAAUGGCAGCCCCUCCUUCUUCGAGGACUUCCAGGAGUACUGCAGCUCCGACGAGUGGCGGGUCUACCUGGACAAAUAUAUCAUUCCUUACAUGAAGCAAUAUGAGAUUGAGAUAUUCAGCAGGGGCCACGAGUCCAUGGCCAUCUACUGGAAGAACUGCUACGAAGCAUUCAUGGUGACCUUGCACAAGCGGGAGAGAGAAAGAGGAGAGAGCAAACUCAAAUUCCAGGAGUUCUUCGUAGAGCCGUUCACACGUAGGUCCCGCCAGGAGAACCUGCGCUACAACAACAUGCUGAAGCAGUUCAAUAGCCAGCACAUUGCCACCCUGAGGCAGUGGAAGGCAGCGCGCCGGGGGCUGGUCAGUGAGAGAGGCCCCUGGGCUGACAGGAAGCAGAGUGCAGUGCAUUGGAAACUCUCUAGUGCUGAAAACUACUCCCGCAUGAGGUUGAAACUGACCCAGAACUACAACUUCGACCCCCAUGCCGAGGCCAGCGCUUUGAGAGACAAUCUUGGCAUGCAGGAGAGCAAGCCCACAAAUGAGUCUCUGCUCCUGGAAGCAGUGAAGCAGGUGAAGGUGAGCGACGUGGAGGAUGACAUGCUGGAGCUGCCAGAGGAGGACCCCACUGCCGGCAACAGCCUGAAUGAGAUCGAGGAGCAGAGUCAGAAGGAAAAGCUGGUCAUUUCAGAGGACUGUGAUCUCAUUACAGUGAUGGACAUCAUUAGCGGCCGUCUAGAAGUGACCACCCAGCACAUCUAUUUCUAUGAUGGCAGUGUGGAAAAGGAGGAAGGGGUGGGCUACGAUUUUAAAUGGCCACUCUCCCAGAUCCGAGAGAUACAUCUACGUCGGUACAACCUGAGACGUUCUGCGUUGGAAAUAUUCCUCAUCGACCAGACAAAUUACUUUCUCAACUUCAGAAAAGAGGUGCGUAACAAAGUGUACAGCCAGAUGCAUUUGUUAACUAUCGGCUCCCCAAACCUUUAUGGAACUCGCUCUCCUCAAGAACUGUUGAACGCUUCAGGACUAUCGCAGAAAUGGGUGAACAGAGAGAUCUCAAACUUCGACUACCUCAUUCAGCUAAACACGAUAGCUGGAAGAACAUACAAUGAUCUCGCCCAGUACCCUGUGUUCCCCUGGGUUCUAUGUGAUUACACCUCAGAGGAGCUUGACUUGAACAAUCCUGCAGUGUUUAGAGACCUUUCCAAACCAAUAGGAGUGGUGAAUGAAAAGAAUGCCAAAUCUGUUUGUGAAAAGUAUGAUAAUUUUGAGGACCCCACAGGGACCAUUGACAAGUUCCACUAUGGGACUCACUACUCCAAUGCUGCUGGGGUGAUGCACUACCUGAUGCGGGUAGAGCCCUUCACUACACUGCACAUCCAGCUCCAGAGUGGAAGGUUUGAUUGUGCAGACAGACAGUUCCAUUCCAUACCUGCAACCUGGCAGGCUCUGACAGACAAUCCGAACGAUGUCAAAGAGCUCAUUCCAGAAUUCUUCUACUUCCCAGAAUUCUUAGAGAACAAGAAUAACUUUGACCUUGGACGUUUGCAGAUAUCCAAAGAGCGUGUUGAUGAAGUCAUUCUUCCAAAAUGGGCAAAAUCCCCUGAGGAUUUCAUCUACAAGCACAGGAAAGCACUGGAGUCAGAGUAUGUGUCGGCCCAUCUCCAUGAAUGGAUUGACCUGAUCUUCGGGUACAAGCAAAGGGGACCAGAUGCUGUGGAGGCUCUCAAUGUAUUCUAUUACUGCACUUAUGAAGGGGCUGUGGACCUGGAUGCUAUAGCCGAUGAGAAGGAGCGGAAAGCUUUGGAAGCAAUGAUCAACAAUUUUGGACAGACUCCUUGUCAGCUACUCAAGGAGCCCCAUCCUGUCCGGCUGUCCUCUGAGGAGUUAGAGAAACGCCAGGCCAGGCUGGACAGCUGUCCUCUUAGUGUCUUCCAACAUCUGACAGAACUCAAGUCAUUCUUCGUGGAGGGGAUCAGUGAUAAUGUUCCACUGGUGAAGGCAGUCGUCCCUAAAAAUCAGUCUCACUCAUUCAUGUCCCAAGGGAGUCCGGACACACUGGUCACAUUGAGCCAGAACUGCCUGAUGGGAACACAUGGGUGGCUGCCUUAUGAUAAAAACAUAUCCAAUUACUUUACAUUCAUCAAGGACCCAACUGUAUCAAAUGCAAAAACCCAGCGCUGUAUUAAUAGCCCGUUUACCCCCGGGCUAGAGGUCACCACCAAGCUCUUUGUUGUGUCACAUGACGGGAAAUUGCUCUUCAGUGGAGGACACUGGGACAACAGCAUCCGAGUGACCUCACUGACUAAGGGCAAGCUGGUUGGACAGCACAUUAGACACAUGGAUAUUGUGACCUGCCUGGCUACAGAUUACUGUGGAAUCCACUUAAUAUCAGGGUCACGGGACAAAACAUGCAUGAUCUGGCAAGUUCUACAGCAGGGAGGAGUUCCAGUAGGUGUGGUGGCUAAGCCUGUGCAGAUUCUGUAUGGACACACCGAUGAGAUUACGAGUGUGACUAUCAGCACCGAGCUGGACAUGGCUGUCUCAGGUUCCAGGGAUGGCACGGUGAUCAUCCACACUAUCCGGCGAGGGCAGUACAUGAGGUCCCUGAAGCCCCCCUGUGAGAGCUCACUGCCCAUCACCAUCCUGCACCUCGCCAUCUCCUGGGAGGGACACAUUGUCGUGCACACCUCCAUCGAGGGGAAAGCCACCUUGAAGGAUAAGAAUGCUCUUCAUUUAUACUCUGUGAAUGGAAAAUAUUUAUGUUCCGAGAAUCUGAAAGAGCAGGUAUCAGACCUCUGUGUUACUGGGGAGCACAUCGUCCUGGGCAGUGUACAAGGAUUCCUGUCUAUCCGGGACCUCUACAGCCUGACUCUCAGCACGGCCCCCAUCGCCAUGCGGGUGCCUGUCUACAGCGUCUCAGUCACCAAAGAGAACAGCCACAUCCUGGUGGGGCUGGAGGACGGCAAGCUAAUCAUCGUGGGCGUGGGCAAACCGCCAGAGAUGCGUUCAGGGCAGAUCACCCGGAAACUCUGGGGCUCGAGCAAACGUCUGACCUCCAUCUCGUCAGGAGAGACUGAAUAUAACACCCAAGAUCACAAAUGAUAUGAUGCAUGAUGGGAGAACCCAACCGAAUCACAGCUCUCUGCCACACCUGAAUCCAUCGCCUUGAUUUGGCCUCUGCCACUCUAAUCCAUGUCAGUGUACCCAAUCAGAAUGCUUUUUGAACUGAUUUUAGGUUUGUUUUGUUUUUGUUUGCUACACAAUUUGAACUGCAACAGAUUACAUUUUUUUUUAUUAUAAGCGUGACAUGGCAAUAGAUUCAAAACUUCAGAAUUUUUUUUUUUCUGCUUUGUAAUUUUUUUUAUGUGUGAUUGUGACCUCUCAAAAACAAACGAUUAUAAUUACACUAACAAUCUUAUGAUCUUCCAGAAUACUCAAACAUCUCGACUGCAUCAUUGAGGUUUAUUAUUCAGAUAUCUUCACUUGUUCAACAUGCUGGUGGGCAGCUAUAUCAGGCCAUCCCAUGUGCUCUUUUAUCAACAUACUGUAGGUUCUUCCAAUUGUCAGAAGCCAGGAGUGGCUUUCAUUAUUCAAUUGCAGUGGUUUUCAACAAAAUGUACUAAAAAUAAAACCUGUGAAUAACUAUGGUAAUUGAAGGAUAUGGUUUGACAGAGUAGAUCUAAUAUACAUAAAAGCAUUGGGGAUCCAAUCCCUUUCCUAAGGAGUAUUUACUUUCUGAUCAGGUAAGUGGCAGAUGUAACAGUGUCGAUUUUGGUAUGUAAAUAGCAAUUUGCACUUCAAAAUAUUUGAUCUGUUUGAUGUUAUUUUUAGUACUCCGAUAGGCUUAAGUUAAGAUGCUUAUUUUAAAUCGUAAGUAACAGAACACAUAUGCAUGUCAAAGUGCUUUUUAAAAUACUAAACUAUUGCUCAAACCUAAGAUUACAGUCUCUAGAUAAGUUUUAAAUGUCAAGAUUUUGGUUGAUUGGUAGUUGGUAGCCUAUGUGAGAUUCCUUGCACAGACAAUAUUUAAUAAUUAAGUUUCUACAGGUAAUUUUUUUUUUUGGUCAGUUGUUUUAAAAGCUUCUGGUAGAAACUGGAAUAUUCCUGAGUUUUCAUUCAGAAUCCACAGAGUUGAUUAAUGCAAUGUAUUGCAUGCUGUUAGAUUUUUGAUGAGGCAUUGAUCAGAACUAUGAAUGUAACCCUUAAGUACACUUUUAAAAUAAAUUGAAAGUAAAACUAGUUUCAUAUUGGUUGUCGUCAAGAAUAAGACGCAGUUUUCUUUUUGUCAACAAAAUGGCAAUAAUAUUGAUAAUACUAUGCAAACCCGUCACAUAAUUGGAAACAUGCAUAUUGCGUGUGUGUGUGUGUGUGUGUGUGUGUGUGUGUCUAUAUAUAUAUGUAUAUAUAUAUAUAGACACACACACAAAUAUACACAAUUAUGUUUGCACUGAGCUUACUUUUCUUUUUAACCUUCAAAGCCUGUCUGUGUUGGUUUCCAAUCGGUCUCUAUUGUAUUUGAUUUGACAUUUCCAUUUUUAUAUGGGAUUUUGUGUAUACCAAUCUUGUCUAAAGUGAAAACUGUUUAAGCCAUAUGUAUUUGCACUUGUCAGGAUCUCUCAAAAACACUCACAAAUGCUGCAUUAUGCAGUACUGCUUGUGAUGAGAAAAAACACUACAUCAGCACAUUAUCAUUCUGCCUGUUGCAAAUGUUUGCAUUUGGCUCCUACACUGCUUUAUUCAGACACACAGCAUUAAGUUUAAUAAGCUGAUUUUAGGUAAGCAUUAAAGCAGUUUGUGUUCAUGAGGAGUGAGUGGCUAUUGAGCUGAACAGUUAGGUAAAGUAUGAAUCAAAAUAAAUGUAAAGUAAAAGCAAUGAGCUGUAGAACAGUUAUAGUAAUCAAGUUAGCCAUUUACUGUAUAGAAGGAUCUUCCCAUGAAAAUGAACAGUGGAUUUAAGAUCACUGCUGUGGGAGAAGUUUUUGAGUUCAAUCACAGCAAUUAAUGUUUAUGGCACUGAAGAAUGAAUUACUGAGGUUUGCAUCAACAAUCCUGCAGCUUAAAUCAUCAAGCCAUCGUUCAUGAAAGGAUCAUCCAGUGGAACAAAAAAAAAAAAAAGAAUUGUACCUGCACAAUGAAGCAAGAAAGUUUCUUGGACUGUUCAAACUGAUCUUAAAGCUGUUGACAUUUUUGAAUGUUGUGGUUCAAAUGCAUUAUGUCUAUUUUGUCAAGUAUGCCUUGUCAGAGUAAUGGGUUUUUUUGUAUUACCUUUUGUAUCGUUCAUAGUAACUUCAUUCUUUCCAAAUGGCUCUAUCAUUCAUUCACCUGAAAUGUAGGAAUCAGCUGUUCAGUAUAGAUCCCAAACCAUAUUGCAAGACCAAUAUAUUUUGUAUACGACUUUGUCACACUAAUGUCAUUUUUAAAGGUGGAACAUUAUUGGAAUAAAAACAUCAUUUACAGUUUAAAAUAUUUUUUGCCAGAGGAUUUUUUUUUUAAUGCUUGUCUGUUUUCUCUUAUAAUUUAAAUAGAUAAGAUUGUGCCUCA